AUGGCCAUCCCUCAGUCAGGAGGAACCUUCUGGCCUCUUGCAACAGUUGUAGCCACCGAGGAGCCUGAAGUGCCUGAUGGGAAUGGGACGCAGGAGAGUGGGUGCCCAGAGGGUGCCAGGGUCUGGCUGCGGGAGCAGGACCAGCUGCAGCCAUGCACUGUUGGCUCAUGUGCCGAUGGAAAUGUGCUCUUCACCUCAGAUUAUGGCAUGGUAUUCCAGUACCCCAAAGCUUCCCUUUCCAGAGAAAAGGUCUUGCCAAUGCAUCAGAGCAGCAUUGAUGGGGUAGAAGAUAUGUCCAUGCUGGGAGAUCUGCAUGAAGCUGCCAUCCUGCUUAACCUGCACCAGCGCUACCAACAUGGUAACAUCUAUACAAACAUUGGUUCCAUCUUGGCAUCAGUAAAUCCCUACAAACCCAUCCCUGGUCUGUACAGUGUGGAUGCCAUAGACCUGUAUAGACAGCACCGGCUGGGUGAGCUGCCUCCCCAUAUCUUCGCCACUGCUAACGAGUGCUACUGCUGCUUGUGGAAGCGUCAUGACAGCCAGUGUGUUCUGAUCAGCGGAGAAAGUGGGGCUGGAAAGACUGAGAGCACCAAGUUGCUGCUGAAAUUUCUGUCAGCCAUGAGCCAGACGUGCCUUGGGGCCCCUGCGUGUGAGAAGAGCACUUGUGUGGAAGAAGCCAUCCUGGAAAGCAGCCCCAUUCUGGAGGCCUUUGGAAAUGCCAAGACAGUUUAUAACAACAACUCCAGCCGCUUUGGAAAGUUCAUCCAGCUGCACUUCUCUCAACAUGGACACAUCCAGGGAGGCCGAGUAACUGAUUAUUUACUGGAAAAGAACAGAGUGGUACACCAGAACCCCGGAGAGAGGAAUUACCACAUCUUUUAUGCCCUGCUAGCUGGUGUGAGUGGGGAGCAGAAAGAGAGCCUUUCCCUCUCUGAGCCAGAGACUUAUCGCUACUUGAACCAGUCUGGUUGUGUGACUGAUGAGAACCUGAAUGAUGUAGAGAUGUUCAAUAAGGUCAUGACUGCCAUGAAGGUGGUGGACUUCAGCACUGAAGAAAUCAGAGACAUCUUCAAACUUCUUUCUGGCACACUUCAUUUGGGAAACGUUGAAUUCAUGACAGCUGGUGGGGCCCAGGUUACCACAAAAGCAGUGCUGAACAUUGCCAGUGACCUCCUGGGCUUAGAUGCCUUUCAGCUCUCUGAAGUACUGACACAGAGGUCCAUGAUUCUGCGUGGGGAAGAGAUCAGCUCCCCUCUCACUGUGGAGCAGGCAGCUGACUCCAGGGACUCCCUUUCUAUGGCACUCUAUUCCCAGUGUUUUUCCUGGCUCAUUAGCAAGAUUAAUACAAAGAUCAAAGGAAAAGAAAACUUUAAGUCUGUGGGCAUCCUGGAUAUCUUUGGCUUUGAGAACUUUCAGGUGAAUCGUUUUGAGCAGUUUAACAUUAACUAUGCAAAUGAGAAACUCCAGGAAUAUUUCAACAAACACAUAUUCUCCUUGGAGCAGCUGGAGUACAACAGGGAAGGGAUAAACUGGGAAGCCAUUGACUGGAUGGAUAACGCAGAGUGCCUGGACCUUAUUGAGAAGAAACUGGGUCUACUGGCUUUGGUGAAUGAAGAGAGUCGAUUCCCCAAAGGCACAGACAACACCCUUCUGGAAAAACUUCACAGCCAGCAUAUGAGCAACCACUACUAUGUGAAGCCUCGAGUAACAGACCAUCAGUUUGGCAUCAGGCAUUAUGCUGGGGAGGUGCUAUAUGAUGUGAGAGGCUUUCUGGAGAAGAACAGAGACACCUUUCGAGAUGACAUUUUAAACAUGCUGAAAGACAGCAGGCUGGACUUCAUCUAUGACCUGUUUGAAAGAGUCUGCAGUCGAUGCAGUGAAGAGACGCUGAAGAUGGGCACCCAGAGGCGCAGACCGACUGUCAGCUCCCAGUUCAGGGAUUCUCUCCAUUCCCUGAUGGCCACACUUAGCACUUCCAACCCAUUCUUCAUCCGUUGCAUCAAACCAAAUACAGAAAAGGCGCCAAACCUCUUCAAUCCAGAUGUGGUGCUGAAUCAGCUCCGAUACUCAGGGAUGCUGGAGACGGUGAAAGUUCGGAGAGCGGGUUUCCCCAUACGACGCCUUUUCCAGGACUUUCUCAGUAGGUACAAGAUGCUUGUGAAGGGAGCAAGCCUCUCGGACAACAGCAAAGCUGUAUGUGCAGGCUUUCUACACACCUAUGACAGCAGCAAGAAAGACUGGCAGUUGGGUAAAACCAAG